AUGAAGCCUGAUUUAAAUCUGCUCCUCUUCUUCGUCUUCUCCUCCCUCGUCCUCGUUGACGUGUCUCUCCCUGUGGAACCGUGUCCCCCUCGGUGUCAGUGUGACUGGGACGUCCACAGCGUGUCGUGUUUUGGAGCAGAGGCUGUGCCUGUUUUCCCCUGCAGCACUCAGGAGGUGUGGCUCACUGGGACCAGACUACGCUCUCUUCCUCAGGACGCCUUCACCAACCUGCCCAGCAUCUCUCACAUAUACAUCUCUGACGAUGUUUCUUUACGAUAUCUCGAGAGACAUUCUUUCCACAACCUCUCCAGCGUCACACACAUACAACUGACUAGCAUCAAAACCCUCUCAUACAUUGUCCCUGAGGCCUUUAAGGAUCUGCCCAAUCUAAAGUAUCUUGGAAUCAUCAACACGGGCCUCGCGUCGUUUCCUGACCUGCGACACAUUCACUCCAGACAAGAGGAUUUUAUUUUAGAGAUUGUGGAGAACGCGUUCAUACAAGUCAUACCUGCAAACUCCUUCACUGGGAUCUCUGACCACGCUCUGACCAUCAUGCUGAACAGCAACGGCGUGAGAGAAAUCCAGAGUUUUGCCUUUAAUGGGAGCAGACUGGAGGAAGUGUUCCUUCACAGGAACGUGGAUCUGGAACAAAUCCAUGAAUUUGCGUUUCACGGCGUGAUUCACGGCCCCACUCAACUGGACCUCUCAGAGACCAGGGUUAGCUCUUUACCUCUGAGAGGGAUGGAGGCCAUUGAAAAGCUCCAGGUCAAAAACACUUGGGCUCUGAAAGCGCUGCCCCCCCUCAGUACGUUUCUGCACUUACAGAGCGCUGAACUAACCUUCCCGAGCCACUGCUGCGGCCUCACCAUGCUGAAAAGAUGGAGAGGACUUCCUGAGGCUGUUAUCUGCAACCUGACGCGGAAGUCUUUGGGGAAACUGCAGGAAUUAUCUGCUGUCGUAUCUCAGAAGGACCCGGAACACAAGAUCUUCCACCACCUGAACGUCAGCGUUGGUCUCUCGAUGGCUGGGUUCGCAGACCGCAGUCCAGACGCUCCGGUCCGUCUGACUGAACCUCAGUCUCACAUUGAUGAACUGUUACUCGUGGAGUUCCCCACUCAGCAGCCGAGUGACGGUCUUGACUUUGCGAUAUGUAACGAACUCUACGGAGACGCUCUUCGGCCAACGUGCACCCCGCUGCCUGACGCCCUGAACCCCUGCGAGGACGUGAUGAGUUGGAGCUUCCUGAAGGUGCUAGUCUGGCUCGUUGGCCUGUUAGCGAUUUCCGCCAACCUCCUGGUGAUGUUCAUCCUGCUAACCAGCCACCAGAAGCUGUCCGUCACCCGCUUCCUCAUGGGUCACCUGGCGUUUGCGGACUUCUGUAUGGGCACGUACCUGCUGCUCAUUGCGUCAGUCGACCUCUACACACAGUCGCAUUAUUACCUCUACGCUAUCGCCUGGCAGACGGGAAGUGGCUGCAGCCUAGCGGGGACGUUAUCGGUGUUUGCCAGUGAGCUGUCUGUGUACACGCUGACGUUAAUCAGCCUCCAGCGCUGGCACACCAUCUUCUACGCGAUGAGGCCCGACAGGAAAAUAAGGCUCCGCCACGCAACUGUGCUCAUGCUGAUUGGCUGGCUGCUGUGCGCGACCCUGGCGCUGCUGCCGCUGGUCGGCGUGAGCAGUUACCACAGGGUGAGCAUCUGCUUACCCAUGGACACGGAAACGCUUGCUGCUCAGGCGUACGUGGUGUCCGUCCUGAUGCUCAAUAUCACGGCGAUGGUGGUGGUUAGCUUGUGUUACCUCCACAUCUACUGUAUGGUUCACAACCCGAAGCGCCUGUCCAGCAGGUACGACACCAGCAUGGCCAAACGCAUGGCGGUGCUCAUCUUCACCAGCUUCCUGUGUCUGGCUCCCGUCUGCUUCUACGGUUUGACUGCAGCGUUCCAACAACCGCUGAUGACGGUCACCGACUCCAAGGUGCUGCUGGUGCUUUUCUACCCUCUUAACUCCUGUGCGCACCCAUUUCUCUACGUUAUUCUGACUAAAGCCUUCCACAGAGACAUCCUGAUACUGCUGAGCCGGUUGGGGCUGUACCAGUGGCAAACACACCUCUACUGAAGGAGAGUGUUGGUGUAGAGACUUUCAAUGAGUCAGCUGUAGGCCAGUAGCCA